AUGUCUCAGGGUCAAGAAAUUCCACAUUACACGCAGGAACGACACCAUGCCCACAGUGAACCCCAGGGCCUGGUGGUUGCCCUGGUCUCCAAGGCGCUAGAGGAGACCGCUCCCUCCUCCUCUCAUCCUCUAGUGCCUGGCAACCUUAGGGAGCCUCUGGCUGCUGGGGUACCCAGUACUCCCCAAAGUCCUCAGAGUGCCUACUUAUCUUAUGCUGUCACCACAGCCACCUCCUCUAGCAAAUCAGAAGAGUGCUCCAGCAGCCAGAAAAAGGGCGCUGGUUCAGCUUCUUCAAAGUCCCUGUCAGAAACUAAGAAAUUGCCCGUAGACCCUCUAGGAGAUAAGGUGACUUUGUUGGUGCGUUUUCUGCUGCGAAAGUAUCGAAUGAGAGAGCUGAUCACAAAGGCAGACAUGAUUGGUGAUGUUAUCAAAGAGCACGAGGGUGAUUUCCUUGAGAUCCUCAGGAGAGCCUCUGAGCGCAUGGAGCUGGUCUUUGGUGUUGAUGUGAAGGAAGUGGAUCCCACCAGCCACAGCUAUGCCCUCGUCAACAAAUUAGGCCUCACCUAUGAUGGAAGGCUCGGUGGUGACGAGGGCGUGCCCAGGACCAGCCUCCUGAUAAUUAUCCUGGGUAUUAUUUUUAUGAAGGGCAAUCGCGCCACUGAGGAGGAGGUUUGGAAAAUGCUGAAUAUGAUGGACUUAUAUUCAGGGAGGAAGCAUUUUAUCUUUGGGGAGCCCAGGAAGUUCAUUACCAGAGAUUUAGUGAGGGAAAAGUACUUGGUGUACCGCCAAGUGCCCAAUAGCAAUCCUCCACGCUAUGAGUUCCUCUGGGGUCCCAGAGCCCAUGCUGAAGCCAGCAAAAUGAAACUGCUGCGGUUUUUCACCAGGAUCCAUCAGUCUGACCCCGCUUCCUUCCCAGUCCAGUAUGAGGAGGCUUUGAGAGAUGAAGCAGAGAGAUGCCGAGCUAGAGUUGUAAUCAGGACUGGCACUGCUGCCAUGGCCAGGGCCCUUUCCAGUGCUAGAUCCAGUAGCUCCUCCCACCCCUAG